ACACUCAAACCCCAAUACAAAAAAUACAAUAAAAAAACAAUAACUAAUUAAUACAAAAAUAUAAAAAACAAAUAAAGACGAAACCAUGAAGAGGGUUCAUGUGGACAACUAUACGCCCAAGUACUACAGCGGCAAGUGGUCCUGGGACACGGAAAAGGACAGCCUCCACUUUGAACCCCACAAUGAUCUGGAGGACGCCAGGGAACGGUAUAUCACCACGAAUGGCUACAAGUUCCUGCGCACUAUUGACCAGGAGGAGGAGCUCAUCUUCCGGCAGGCCUACAUCCGUGAUAGCAGCACCUAUGAUUUUGAUACUGUGGUUAUCAACGACAUCCGUGACUUGGUGCUCUUCCUAAUGCCAAGCGAGUUGCUCACACCCCGCUUCGUGGAGUUCAUGCACCGUCCGCCGGUCCAUCGGCUCAUGCAUGCCCUCAUCAUUUACUUUGAGUACUUCCUGCGCAUGGUGGAGUUCGUCCUGGUGCGACGCGAUGAAUUGGCAGGCCAGAUCCAGAGCGAGCAGACCAUCGAGAUGAAGAAGACCUUCUCCAUCUACCUCAGCCAGUACAGGAUUCUGGUGGCGCGCAACUACAGCGUGAUUUUGAAGGGCGAAGGCGACAUGGCCCAUUAUUACCACCUUAAGGAGAUCGUCAACAUCUCGGACAUGGCUCGCGACAAGGUCUUCUAUGAGCAAUUCCUGGCCGUAAUGAUCCAGAUUGUUUGGAUUUCCAUGCAUCGACGUGCUUACUAUGUCAUCGAAUUGGAGAUGAACCGACUCUUUCGAUCCGAUCACUUUGUGAUGAACCGGCCGGAGUAUCUCAAGUUCACGCCGGCGGAACGGAGUCUGCUCUAUGGAAAGAAUUACAAGAUUGUGAACUAUCGGGCUCAGAUAUCGCCGCUUAUCCAGGAAUUGCAGCACGUGGCCGAAGAGGACAUGCCCAUUCUGUGGAUCGGGGAACGGAAGUACCGAGGCACCGAUCGCCGCAUAGCAGAGAUUGAGCUGGAGUACAUCGUCCCCGGUCCACAGCUGCGUAUGAUCGAUGUGGCUCAUGGUAUCCUUGGACAUCCCAAGGCUCUAUAUAAUACCAUCCUGGAUUUGGACUGGCCCACCGUUCGGUACUCGAACUUCUCCCCCCAGUUCGAUCCAUACAAUAUCGUUCGACAGCCAUACUUGGAGAUACCUAAAAUGGAUGCACUCAAGAUGCGAAAGAUGAGCGAACACUACGAGCACUUCUUCAAGGUAUACCGCAUCUAUGAGCCUCACAGCAUGGCAAUUCUACGAAAGUGGCUCAAACGGGACAAGUUGAUUCAGUUCUAUCGCUCCGGCGGAUUGCUGCUCACCAACAUCGUGUCCAGGUGCGAGAAGGAGAUGAACGAUACGACUCCUGGUCUCACGGUGGACCAAAUUAUUGCCAACUACUUUAAGGUUAUGUACAGGCUCCGCAAGGGAUCACCCUACGCCGAGGACCUGGUCAGUAUUACGUCUUCCCGCGUUGGAAGCCUUGUUCAGCAAAGACACAAAAAGGGUCAGCUCGAAUACUACUUCGAUUAAGUUAUUGGAACUUCUGUUUGGAAAUAUUUCAAAAUUAUUGUUAACAACAAGCUGCAGUACUUGGGAACUCCUAAAUAAAAAUAUUCAGAAUUUAAAAUUACAA